GCAAACCAUGCAUGAGCUGGAGAAAGAAAUACAAAAUCGAGAGUGUGAUGAACAAGCAUUCCUCAACAAUCUGCAAGCUUGCAAAGCAAAUAUCUACCUCGCCGAGACAGUUUCGUCGCCAUCUACAACAGUCUCGUCGACGAUACCGGACCUUGCGUCGGAUUCUACGCUAUGUUCAUACCCGGAAGAACCAGAAGCCAGAGAUGGGCAGUGGAAUGGCUGGGCAGACAAGAUGGCAUCAUCUUCGUUUCAAAAGGAUUGCAGCAACUCUUCCUCUGUUGACGACAUCGCACCAGAUGAUCAUUCAAAUGCUGACGGGUUCGAUUUAGCGACUGCCACAAGCACAGUAUGUCCACAGUAUGUGGUACAGACAAGCACUACGUGGCCUUUGCCCAUGGCCUGCACAUGAAAGCAGUUUGUGUUCAGCCCUGAGGCUGCUCUCUUUGAACCCCGAAACGCCUACAAG